AUGUCAGGUCCAUUUGGUGAGCCACCACCAGGGGUAGAUCUGGGGGGGAACCGUACGCCACGGAACAAUGCCACGGUCAUCUCUCUGUAUAUUCUCGCAGCUGUUGCCAUUGCACUGCGGAUCGCUGCGAGGUUGAAGGUGCAGAAUGCUCAAGUUCUGGCGGAUGACUGGUUGAUUAUUGCUGCUCUCAUUCUCUUCGCAUAUGUCCUGAUCUACGUUGUUGCCAUUCCACUCAUCAAGAUCUCAAUCGUCCUCUUCUAUCGUCGCAUUUUUGGUAUGGAAUGGGCGAUGUGGAUGUGCAUCUUCUUGACCGUUGGUUACUGGAUCUCGUGCAGUAUCGCCUUCCUCGUCUGCUGCAGGCCAACAUCCUAUUAUUGGACACAAUACCGAGAUCCGAGUGGAGGUAGAUGCAUCUUUGACCUCUAUCCGUUCUACCUCGGCAAUGCCGCAGCCAACGUCGUGACGGACGGAAUCAUUCUCAUGGUACCCAUUCCGCUAGUUUGGAGACUCCAGAUGCGUACGACCCAGAAGAUCCUGGUAUCAAGCAUUUUCCUGUUGGGUGGUUUGUACGUUACAUUCCAAGCACAUUCAUGCCGAUCCGCGGCUGACGAUUCCAGUGUCUGCGUUGCGAUCAUCGUCCGCAUUUAUUUCAUAACCUUCCUCAGCAGCUCCGUAGACAUCACCUGGAUAACGGGCGACGUGUUUAUCUGGUCUAGCGUCGAGCCCUGUGUUGGCAUUGUCUGUGCUUGUCUUCCAACUCUUCAACCCCUCCUCAAAUCGGCUCUCAAUCGAAUUAUGGGAUCGUCUCGAAUGGCUGGCAAAUUUGACGCCGGUUUAUCUCAAGGGAUGGAUGUAAAAUACACACGGCGCCGUCAGACUGGUGUAGCUGAGAGUGCUAGGCAUCGUCUGUUCCGAACCCAGGAGGGCAGACAGAGAGAAAGAUGGCUUGUGCUGCAACCUGGAGAAAACGAGGCAAUUCUGACGACGAGUUCAGAAUCUGUCGAGAUGGACUCGUUUGUCCCUAGUGAGAGAACUGAUGGGAAGGAUGGAGGAGAGCCAAUGUCGAUUCGAAUUCAUCAGGAUUUUUCAUUGGAAAGAGGAGCAUGCUGA